GGUGACCAUGGCCUUGCUGGGGAAGCGCUGUGACAUCCCCGCCAACGGCUGCGGGCCUGACCGCUGGAACUCUGCCUUCACCCGCAAAGACGAGAUCAUCACCAGCCUCGUGUCUGCCUUAGACUCCAUGUGCUCAGCGCUGUCCAAGCUGAAUGCGGAGGUGGCCUGCGUGGCGGUACACGAUGAGAGCGCCUUUGUGGUGGGCACCGAGAAGGGGAGGCUAUUCCUGAAUGCGCGGAAGGAGCUGCAGUCAGACUUCCUCAGGUUCUGCCGAGGGCCUCCAUGGAAGGAUCCGGAGGCAGAACACCCCAAGAAGGUGCAGCGGGGCGAGGGUGGCAGCCGGAGUAUUCCACGGUCCUCCCUGGAGCACAGCUCGGACGUGUACCUUCUGCGGAAGAUGGUAGAGGAGGUGUUUGAUGUUCUUUAUAGCGAGGCCCUGGGGAGAGCCAGUGUGGUGCCACUGCCCUACGAGCGGCUGCUCAGGGAGCCGGGGCUGCUGGCUGUGCAGGGGCUGCCCGAGGGCCUGGCCUUCCGGAGACCGGCUGAGUACGAUCCCAAGGCUCUCAUGGCCAUCCUGGAGCAGAGCCACCGCAUCCGCUUCAAGCUCAAGAGGCCGCUCGAGGAUGGCGGGCGGGAUUCCAAGGCCCUGGGGGAGCUGAACGGUGUCUCCCUGAUGCCCAAGGGGUCACGGGACUGCGGCCUGCAUAACCAGGCCCCCAAGGGGCCGCCCCAGGACCUGCCCCCCACCGCCUCCUCCUCCUCCAUGGCCAGCUUCCUGUACAGCUCUGCGCUCCCCAACCAUGCCAUCCGAGAGCUCAAGCAGGAAGCGUCCGCCUGCCCGCUUGCCCCCAGCGACCUGGGCCUGGGCCGGCCCAUGCCAGAGCCCAAGGCCUCCGGUACCCAAGACUUCUCGGACUGCUGUGGACAGAAGCCCACGGGGCCUGGUGGACCUCUUAUCCAGAACGUCCAUGCCUCCAAGCGCAUCCUCUUCUCCAUUGUCCACGACAAGUCAGAGAAGUGGGACGCCUUCAUAAAGGAAACCGAGGACAUCAACACACUCCGGGAGUGCGUGCAGAUCCUGUUUAACAGCAGAUAUGCGGAAGCCCUGGGCCUGGACCACAUGGUCCCCGUCCCCUACAGGAAGAUCGCCUGCGACCCCGAGGCCGUGGAGAUUGUGGGCAUCCCAGACAAGAUCCCCUUCAAGCGCCCCUGCACGUAUGGGGUCCCCAAGCUGAAGCGGAUCCUGGAGGAGCGGCACAGCAUCCACUUCAUCAUUAAGAGGAUGUUUGAUGAACGGAUUUUCACAGGGAAUAAAUUUACCAAAGACCCCACGAAGCUGGAGCCAGCCAGCCCGCCAGAGGACAGCUCUACAGAGAUCUCUCGGGCCACAAUCCUCGACCUGGCAGGAACUGCUCGGUCAGACAAGGGCAGCAUCUCCGAAGACUGCGGACCAGGAACCUCCGGGGACCUGGGUGGGCUGAGGCCGAUCAAAAUUGAGCCCGAGGAUCUGGAUAUCAUUCAGGUCACUGUCCCAGUUUUGUCUCUAGACCCCUCGCCAACCUCUGAGGAAAUGACAGACUCGAUGCCUGGGCACUUGCCCUCGGAAGAUUCUGGUUAUGGGAUGGAGAUGCUGACUGACAAAGGCUCCAGCGAGGACCCUCGGCCAGAGGAGAGGCCUGUGGAGGACAGCCACGGUGACGUGAUCCGGCCCCUGCGGAAGCAGGUGGAGCUGCUCUUCAACACGCGAUAUGCCAAGGCCAUUGGCAUCUCGGAACCGGUCAAGGUGCCCUACUCCAAGUUCCUGAUGCACCCAGAGGAGCUGUUUGUGGUGGGGCUGCCUGAAGGCAUCUCCCUCCGCAGGCCCAACUGCUUCGGGAUUGCCAAGCUCCGGAAGAUCCUGGAGGCCAGCAACAGCAUCCAGUUUGUCAUCAAGAGGCCCGAGCUGCUCACCGAGGGAGUCAAGGAGCCCAUUGUGGACAGCCAAGAGAGGGAUUCCGGGGACCCUCUUGUGGACGAGAGCCUGAAGAGACAGGGCUUUCAAGAAAAUUAUGACACUCGGCUCUCGCGGAUCGACAUCGCCAACACCCUACGGGAGCAAGUCCAGGACCUGUUUAAUAAGAAAUACGGGGAAGCCUUGGGCAUCAAGUACCCAGUCCAGGUUCCCUACAAGCGGAUCAAGAGUAACCCUGGCUCGGUGAUCAUAGAGGGACUGCCCCCUGGAAUCCCGUUCCGAAAGCCUUGCACCUUUGGCUCCCAGAACCUGGAGAGGAUCCUUGCCGUGGCUGACAAGAUCAAGUUCACCGUGACCAGGCCUUUCCAAGGACUCAUCCCCAAGCCUGAUGAAGAUGACGCCAACAGGUUGGGGGAGAAGGUGAUCCUCCGGGAGCAAGUGAAGGAGCUCUUCAAUGAGAAAUACGGUGAGGCCCUGGGCCUGAACCGGCCUGUGCUGGUCCCUUACAAACUGAUCCGAGACAGCCCAGAUGCCGUUGAGGUCACCGGCCUGCCUGAUGACAUCCCUUUCCGGAACCCUAACACAUACGACAUCCAUCGACUGGAGAAGAUCCUGAAGGCCCGGGAGCACGUGCGCAUGGUCAUCAUCAACCAGCUCCAACCUUUUGCAGAAAUCUGCAAUGAUGCCAAGGUGCCAGCCAAAGAAAGCAGCAUUCCCAAGCGCAAGAGAAAGCGGGUCUCGGAAGGAAAUUCCGUCUCCUCUUCCUCCUCGUCUUCCUCCUCCUCGUCCUCUAACCCAGAGUCUGUGGCAUCGACCAACCAGAUUUCACUCGUGCAAUGGCCAAUGUACAUGGUGGACUAUGCCGGCCUGAACGUGCAGCUCCCGGGACCUCUUAAUUACUAGACCUCAGUACUGAAUCAGGACUUCGCUCAGAAAGACUAAAGGAAAUGUAAUUUAUGUACAAAGUGUAUAUUCGGAUAUGUAUCAAUGACUUUUAGUUUUUCCAAUGAUUUUUACACUAUAUUCCUGCCACCAAGGCCUUUUUAAAUAAGUAAAAAAAAGA